AUGUCAUUUUUUAGUGAAUCCAAUCUUGAUCGUAUGAUAGAGAAUCUUCUCAAUAUGAACCUUAUUCCUGAAGAUGCAUUACGUGCAUUAUGUGAUAAAGCUAAAGAAAUAUUAUUAAAUGAACCAAAUGUUAUUAAAAUUGAAUAUCCAGUUACAGUUUGUGGAGAUCUUCAUGGACAAUUUCCAGAUGUAAAAGAAGUAUUUAAUAUUGGUGGAAAAUUACCAGAUACAAAUUAUUUGUUUUUAGGAGAUUUUGUUGAUAGAGGAUUUCAUUCAAUUGAAACUGCAUCAUUAAUGGUUGCACUUAAAGUCAGAUAUCCUAAUCGAGUUCAUUUAUUACGAGGAAAUCAUGAAAGUAGACAAAUUACUCAAAUAUAUGGAUUUUAUGAUGAAUGUAUGAAAAAAUAUGGAAGUAGUGAUGCAUGGCAAA